UAAAAUAACACAUUAAUUAAAAAAAAUAAUUAACAAUAUAAAAUACCGGACUGACUGCUUGUAAAACCCUAGCAAAUGCGGAAUUGCUUCCUAUAUAAACCCUACUAGUAUAAUACUCCGUCACCCAUAAGCCGCAGCAGAUCUGUAUAAACCGUACAAUGGCGGUUCCUCUAUUGAAAAAGAAGAUAAUCAAGAAAAGGGUUAAGCAAUUCAAGAGACAUCAGAGUGAUAGGAGAAUCACUGUUAAGACAAACUGGCGUAGACCAAAGGGUAUUGACUCCAGAGUUAGAAGGAAGUUCAAGGGAUGUGUCUUGAUGCCCAAUAUUGGAUAUGGUUCUGACAAGAAGACUCGCCACUAUCUCCCCAAUGGCUUUAAGAAGUUUGUUGUGCACAAUGCGAGUGAGCUUGAUGUUUUAUUGAUGCACAACAGGACUUACUGUGCAGAGAUUGCCCAUAAUGUAUCCACAAGGAAGAGGAAAGAAAUCGUCGAGAGGGCAUCCCAACUUGAUGUUAUCGUAACUAACAAGCUUGCUAGGUUGCGUAGCCAGGAGGAUGAAUGAUUUUCUUUCUUGGGGUUUUUGUCAAGGGUUGUUAAACAGUUAUUUGAUGUGCAAUCAGACGUUUUUGGAAGUAUUACUCAGUUUUUAAUGUAUAAUUUUAUUAGGUGUUUGUCAUACUCAUACUUUGAUAAUAUAUUUAGGAAAAAAAUAUUUUUCCAUGCCUUAUUGCUGCAGCA